AUGUCCCUGCCCUCUGCCACUGUUGCGUGGGCGCGACCGAUGCAGUCACCCGCCUACAACACCGUCACCCCUCGAACCACACUCCAGCCUGCCGCUCCACCCGUGUCUUCUGCCAUGGCUCCUGAGCAGCCCAAGAAGAAAGUCGAGUGGCCGCCUGCCGUACGCGAGUACGUCCGACGUGCUUUCGACCCCGCCAACGCGAUUCCGGGCAUCUCGCAAGCAGAUAUGCAGGCGAGACUCAAGGAGACCAUCGGCUACUUCGCUGAGCGCAACUCACAUGACAACGUACAUUGGCCUACCUUUCCCCUGCCUCAGGAGCUUCUCCUCGAGGAACGGAGGGCAGCCGCGCUCAACGCAUCUGCCAAUGGCUUCACGAACGGCAUGCAACCUACAUACGUAAAUGGCAUUGUCGACCACACUAACCAGAACACACUCCUUUCCAAAAAGCGCAAUGCUCACGACGCUGAAGAAAUACCAGCCGAACAAGCGCAAGCCAGCGUCCCACCGUGGCGCAAAACUAACCUAGCAUCUCGAAUGACCUAUGCCGAUGGACACAGCGAAAAGCGCCAAAAGAAGAACGCAUUUACGGACGCCGCAAGUAAGUUAGACCAGACCGAGCUUGACAAGCGACGACAGCGCUUUCAGCUCGGCAACAACGGUCCGAAAUCGACAUCACCCUGGGGCUCAUCGCGCAAAGACGAAGAUGAGAUGCCUACCGGACCUGUAGUUGGAACCAACGAGAACCUUGAGAAAAGCUAUUUCCGUUUGACUGCACCACCGAAAGCUGAAACCGUGCGCCCCCUGCAUGUGCUCAAGAAGACGUUGGCCAUGCUUGUGGAGAAAUGGAAAGCAGAAAAGAACUACAACUACAUUUGUAACCAGUUCAAGUCACUGCGCCAGGAUCUGACUGUUCAACAUAUCAAGAAUGCCUUUACAGUCAAGGUGUACGAGAUUCAUGCGCGGAUCUCAUUAGAAAAGGGGGAUUUGGGUGAGUAUAAUCAGUGCCAGACGCAGCUCAAGGCACUGUAUGCGCAGAAUCUGGGGGGCAACCCAGCUGAGUUCAAGGCGUACCGCAUUCUUUAUUUUGUGUAUACGUGCAAUAAGACCGACAUGAACGACAUGUUGGCAGAAUUAACCCUCGCAGACAAAACACACCCAUGGAUCAAGCAUGCACUUGACGUCCGAUCAUCACUUGCCCUUGGCAACUACCACAAGUUCUUCCGACUUUACCUCGAAGCCCAGAACAUGGGCGCUUACCUCAUGGACAUGUUUGUCGAGCGUGAGCGCCUCAAUGCUCUAGCUAACAUUUCUCGCGGAUACGUAAAUGUUUCUCUUCGUUUCCUGACUGAUGAGCUUGGUUUCGACAAUGAUGCAUCUUGCCGUGAAUUUCUCGAAACGCACGGUGCACAAAACACUAUUGAAGACAAGGGCGAUCGCCAGUAUCGGGUCAGGAUCCGCGAAGUCGCAUCGCAAAUCGAGAGUCUCCGUGCGGCGGCAUUCAGCAAAGUAGACAUCAAAGGACAAAUAUGA